CCUUUCUCCUCUCUCCUCCCCCCUCUCACUUUCCUCCUCUCCCUCUUUCCUUAGCCUCCUUCUCUGUGACUUUUCACCCUGCCCAUGCCAUUCCUUGGUGCAUGUUCCCUUUGUACGUAUCUCACCCACCUCUCAUGUCUGCUUUCACUCAUUUAUCCCCCAAUCUGCUUCCAUUUGCCUUUCCUUCCCCUCUGCUUUUUCUCCCAGGUCUGUCUUCCCCCUCCCCGCCCAUCUCUCCUGUUUCUUUGCCAUGUGUAAUGAGAGCUCUCCCUUGCAGCCAGGCAGGGGGGAAGGGAGGGGAUGGGACACAGCAGAGAGAGCAGGGGGAGGAGUGGCUGAGCAGUGAUAAAUUACCCCUGGUGUCAGAAGGAGGAGUCUAAUCCUGCGAGAAAGAGAGGGUGAAAGAAAGAUAGGGAGGAAGAAGGGAAAGAGACAGACACAAGGACAAAGAAUUGCUCCUGAAUCCCAUCAGAUCCCCAGUACCCUGUGCCAAGGAACGCUCUCUGCCUCCACCUGAGCCACCUUUGCUGGUUUAUGGAGAAGAAUAAAAUGGUUUUGCAGGGUAAUCAGGAGCCAGCCGCUACUCCUGACACCAUGGUGCAGCCCUUUGCCGCCAUCCCCUUCCCCCCACCUCCCCAAAAUGGUCUUUCCACUGACUAUGGGAGCCAGCACACACAAGACUAUGCUGCACCCUCCAAUGAACUUGGCCUGCCACUGUACGGAGGAGGACAAAGCCACACAGAGCACAGUGCCCCCACCACCAGUACAGCCAAUGCAUCCAGCACGCAGACAGACAGCGCACAGACAGAAGGACAGCCACAGCAAACACAGAGCAAUGAAAGCACAGAAACCAAACCCACACCAAAAAGACUCCAUGUCUCUAAUAUUCCCUUCCGCUUCCGGGACCCAGACUUGCGCCAAAUGUUUGGGCAAUUUGGUAAAAUCCUGGAUGUGGAAAUCAUAUUUAAUGAGCGGGGUUCCAAGGGUUUUGGUUUUGUAACUUUUGAAACUAGCGCGGAUGCUGACCGGGCCCGGGAGAAAUUGCACAGCACGGUGAUUGAGGGGCGAAAAAUCGAGGUGAACAAUGCAACAGCUCGUGUCAUGACCAACAAGAAGACUGUGACUCCAUAUGGAAAUGGUUGGAAGCUCAGUCCUGUGAUGGGAGCUAUGUAUGGACCUGAGCUUUAUGCUGCGGCACCCGGGCUCCAAGCUGACGUCUCUCUGGCCACUGAGGCUGGUGUACAACUGCCCGGACCUCGGGGGGUUAACACCUACAUUCCGUUGAUCAUUCCUGGCUUUCCUUACCCCACAGCUGCAGCGGCAGCAACCACAGCAGCUGCAUUCAGAGGGGCACAUUUAAGAGGCCGCGGAAGGACGGUGUACGGUGCGGUACGGGCAGUGCCUCCUACCGCUAUCCCCACAUAUCCUGGACUAGUCUUACAGGAACCAAUGUUAAACCCUAAGCUACCUCAGGGUGGAUAUGCAGCCUAUAGAUACACUCAGCCAGCAACCGCCGCCACAGCUGCCACCGCCGCUGCCGCCGCCGCUGCAGCCUACAGUGAUGGAUAUGGCAGAGUAUACACAGCUGACCCAUAUCACGCCCUGGCCCCUGCUGCAAGUUACGGAGUGGGAGCUGUGGCGAGUUUAUACAGAGGCGGUUACAGCAGAUUUGCUCCGUACUGAAGUGACGUAAGCCUGUUAACCCUCAAUAACCCUGGACAAAACUGCCCUUUCUCACCUUUCUGCCCGUUUCCCUCUCCACCCACUAUCAAAGAUCACGAGGCCCGGCUUUUGCAAUACUUGUAAGAAAAACUCCUUCCAGGAAGUUCUAGGAGAGCAAGAUGGUGGAUACAGGCAAAAUAUACUUAAACAAAAAGACUUUUUUAUACCUCAGCCUUCUCUUCAAAUCUGUCAUUUUUAUUUCUGCAUUUUUUUAGGGGGUGUGUUCAUUUUGUUCCAAAGAUUGUGUUUAUUUUUUAUUUUUAAACUGUGGUAAAGUGCGUGUAUAUAUAAUAUUUACAUAAGUAUGUGCUGUGAGCUUUUUUUUAUUAUUCUAUCUACGCUUGGAGGGGAGGUUUGCAGAAAAUAAGGAAAACACUAAAACAGUGAUCGGAGGAGAGGCGAUGAAAUGAAUAAUCCUUAGUAUUUCACGUGUCACUUGCUCACUCGUAAACAGAGGGGGCUAAGGGCAAGCUAGAUCCUUCACAGUCAGGUCUCUUGCUUGUACGUUGUAGGAAGAGUAAAUGAAUUCAGAAGGUCUGUAUUGGCCAUUUUGCCACCUUAUCUUGUGUCAGAAUGUGUUUGCAUUAUUCUGGCGUAAGUAUCGUGUAGAGAGCACAGGGCAGGUUCUGGAUGAUGAGUGUGAGGAUCCAGAAAUAACAAAAUAAACAGAACAAUUUCAGAUCAUUACAACUGCAUCAUGAAUACACAGCUGGCAGAUUUGACAUAGGGCGACCUUCUGUGCUAAUAGCAGGUAAAGUUAGUGAUCAUUGCUGUAUGUAAUAUAUGUAAAGAAGUAGAGACAUAGGGCAGAAAUCCUGAUCUGAAUCAUUGUGUUACAGUAAUCUCCGUUUGUCCUGUGUUGGGUAUAUCCUGCCGUUUGUGGGGGCCCCUACAUAUGUAUUUCCUCUUUUCUCACUACAUAGUUUGAAUUAGUUCAGCUAAGCAUCUUCUGUUAGUGCUGGUCACAAUAUCCGUCCUGGAGAGAGGCUAUGACUGCAGUAGCAGCCGAAACUCUCUCAGAACAUUGGGUGCUGUUGCUAUUUGAUUGUUAGGAGCACACAGUUCAUUUUAGAAGCAAUACCAUCGUGGUGUAGCCUCUUUCACCUAAGGUGACAGAUCAGGUGAUUGUAGACCCCCUUCUAAUAACGUGCAGGAGCUAAAACACAGCAGACAGACAUGCACCGUCUCUCAGGAAAAUACUGCAGCUAUUCGACGACGAUCACGUAAUUGUAACCUUGUAUAAACCUUUAUAAUAUGGGUUGUCUUUGUCUUCCUAUACAUAAGCAGACAAUACUGGCACAUUCUGGGUUAUUUAGCCUGAAUAGUGACAUUUAAUGUUAACCGUUUUGGUUAAAUUUCGGCUGAUGGUGGUAAAGUGUGUGUACACAAUUCAGUUGUUUUGUGCCCCUGCACAGACUGCACAUGUGCAGAUAGGCUGCUUCUCCAACAGCCUAUAUUUAUUUGUAACAUGGUAUGAAUGAUAUCCCUCACUUAUUUUGUGCUUUGAGUGCAUUUCUGUGUCAUUUCAUAAAGGUGUUGCUGCAUAAUGAGAACUAAGGGAGUUACUCUACAGAGAAGCCGGCCUGCAUGAGUGCAGAUAGGGAGUUUGCCAGGCAGUGAUUCUGGUUACAAAACAAAAUAAAUAAAUGAAGCUGCCCUUUUAGCUUUUUUACAAAUAAAGGUUUAUCUAGUGAGAAGACCCCUUCCCGUAUGGUUUGUAGCACUCUGAACCAAAGACUUGCCAUCUCAUAUAAUCACAAGAAGCAGAGGCUUUCUACAGAGGAACUAAACUGGUUUUAGAAGUUUUUAAGGUCCAAAUCAUAUCGUUUAUUGUUCCCUAAUUAUCAUGAGACACACAAAGGGUUAAGUGGCUUAUACAGUAUUUGUUAAAGACUAUGCCCUGAUCUCAGGGCUGUAAUUUGUAUGAUCACAAAAGGUAGUGCGGCUUUCAUAUACUGCAGGUAUCAUCAUUUACGCCUCUAUAAAAGCGGACGUCUCCUUAUCACCCACAAGGCAAACGUGGUGUCCGUGUUAAUGUGAAUAUCUAAUAAGCUAGAUAUUAAUGCUGUUCAUGUUAAAACGUCUAACUCUUGAAAUGAGCUCCGCCGCUUCUGCUGGAGCGUUACAGGCUGUAAAAGAAAUAGAUUGCAGGGAGGGAAACCGUUUGUGUCUCUUCUAACUGUAAUGUUUGUUUUGGAAACAAAGGGACGUGUUCUAGCUAGUGUCGCUCACGUUUACGUUAGAAGCCCAAGCCGUUGUUUCCUGUGUGCUCAUCCCUAGGUUUUCAUAGCUAAACAGCUGCAUCAUUUAUAGGUGAUAGAGUGUAGAUACGUUAUUCAAAUAUCUUUUUUUUUUAAAGAUUAAUUCAUGUUAACACAAUCUGACACUAUUGGUUAAGCUUUUUAGUUUGUGUUGUGGCUGAAGGUGUACGCUGCACUCAGUGAUAGCACAUACCCUAGACCCUGAAGGUGUACGCUGCACUCAGUGAUAGCACGUACCCUAGACCCUGAAGGUGUACGCUUCACUCAGUGAUAGCACGUACCCUAGACCCUGAAGGUGUACGCUUCACUCAGUGAUAGCACGUACCCUAGACCCUGAAGGUGUAUGCUGCACUCAGUGAUAGCACGUACCCUAGACCCUGAAGGUGACGCUGCACUCAGUGAUAGCACGUACCCUAGACCCUGAAGGUGUACGCUGCACUCAGUGAUAGCACGUACCCUAGACCCUGAAGGUGUACGCUGCACUCAGUGAUAGCACGUACCCUAGAACCUGAAGGUGUACGCUGCACUCAGUGAUAGCACGUACCCUAGACCCUGAAGGUGACGCUGCACUCAGUGAUAGCACGUACCCUAGACCCUGAAGGUGUACGCUGCACUCAGUGAUAGCACGUACCCUAGACCCUGAAGGUGUACGCUGCACUCAGUGAUAGCACGUACCCUAGACCCUGAAGGUGUACGCUGCACUCAGUGAUAGCACGUACCCUAGACCCUGAAGGUGUACGCUGCACUCAGUGAUAGCACGUACCCUAGACCCUGAAGGUGUACGCUGCACUCAGUGAUAGCACGUACCCUAGACCCUGAAGGUGUACGCUGCACUCAGUGAUAGCACGUACCCUAGACCCUGAAGGUGUACGCUGCACUCAGUGAUAGCACGUACCCUAGACUCUGAAGGUGUACGCUGCACUCAGUGAUAGCACAUACCCUAGACCCUGAAGGUGUACGCUGCACUCGGUGAUAGCACGUACCCUAGACCCUGAAGGUGUACGCUGCACUCAGUGAUAGCACGUACCCUAAACCCUCAGUGUAUACACUCUUUAUUGUACUCAAGGGUAUGUUUACUCUCUGAUACACUACACAGGUGUCCUCUGUAAUUGGGAGCUGGUGCAGUUCUGUAAUAAUUUAAGAUUUAAUCCAGAUGUGUUUGUACAACAAAGUUCUUUUCUUGUACAUAAGCGCUGCAGUGUUGUUGCACCAGUGCAUGAGUACAGCCUGUUCAGUAGGUGACUGUUUUAUCUUUAUGCCAUACCCUUUCAUACUGUCAGUAUAGCCGACAGAGCAUCUGAUCUCACAGCACCACAUACACUACAGUAACAUACUGUGAUUACAUUGUGUUCCCGCUUUAUCUGACAAACACUAAGGCAGUGCUAGCUGAUGCCCACUUACACUACAAGGCAGCCCCAACGGGGAAGCCAAUUGGUCACCUUGCUUAUAGGAAUGUAAGACAAUAAAGCACUUUUUAGUGUCUAACAAAUAGAUUAGGAAGGAACGGUGCCUCAGCUCUAGCAGUAAAAAGGUACAGCGUUCGUAUCAUGUACUGUAGGAAAUAAACUGCUGCCUACGUGCUUCAGACAGGCAAAUAUUACCCCUGGCUCAUUGCGCUGUGUGUACGUUUGUAUUGUACCACACUGCCGAGUGAGCCACGAUAUGUACCCUUAGAUACAGAAGGUACCACCUAGAAAUAUACAUUUAUAUUAUAGAAGUAUAUAUAUCAUUUUUCUUCACAUUAUAUCUUUUUACUUUAGUUAGUAUUCUGCAAUGUUCCUAUGUGUAAUAUGGACUUUUGUACCAAUAGAGUUUACCAGCAGUGUCCCAAAUCAUUCUGGGAUGUUUAAACUAUUUCUUAUUGCCCCAUAUGUGUGUACGUAUGUAUGUGUGUGUGUAUAUAUAUAUAUAUGUAUGUAUAUAUAUAUGUGUAUAUAUAUAUGUAUGUAUGUGUGUAUAUCUAUAUAUAUGUACACAUACAUACACACUAUAGACGUCUAUACAUGAAGACAUGUGGAUCCCACCUUGUAUGUCUACAUCUGUAAUACAUUGUGCAUGCAAAUGUCAGUGAAUCUAGUGUAAAAAUAACAGCAGGUUGUGAUUGCUGUAACCAUGCAGAAGUGGCAACAAGUUUGUACCCAGAGUACUGUAAGGGGCCGGGGGAGUACUAUAUAUAUAUGUACAUAAAUAUAUAUAAAUAAAUGUGUGUAAAUUGCAGAUUAAACAUAAUGCAGUGCGGGAAGGAGCAGGCGAAGCCAUUGCAGAGCAAUGCAUUAGACUCACAACAAAAAGUGAACUAAGGAAUAUCUUUGAGUAUAGCCUGUCCCCUGUAAAGGCGCUGUAUACGCCGCCCUUUCCUGUAAGUAUCAUAUUGUAUAGGUAACAUUUAGGCCACACAGUAUUCACAGGUUACGUUUCUUAUUUACCUACUUAGCAGGGUUGUGAGACCCAGAAAAUGUCAGUUUCUACUUUGUUUUGUUUUCUUUUGGGGAGGGACGGGAGAUAUUUUUUUGUAUUCCUAUCCAUUAUGUAUAAAUUAUUGACCCUGUUUUGCUGGCUUUUAUAAACUUUAUGCAAGGGGUGAGAGUGCGCACGGCAUGAGUAAGCUCUCCUCCCCCUCGCCAAUGGUAAUAAAGCACUGUUUUUAAAUAAAAACAAAAAUAUAUUGGC